AUGAUUGGAAAGAAAUAUUCCACUUUCGAUGAUAAGGGAAAAGCUCAAGGCAUUUUGUACUUACUAGAGUCAUUUGAUUUCGUGUUUAUGGCACAACUAAUGACUACUAUAUUUGGGUACACUAGCAAUUUGUGUCUUGCUUUGCAAAGAAGAGAUCAAGAUAUCAUUAAUGCUAUGAGGCUCGUCACUUUGACCAAAGAUCAACUACAGAAAAUGAGGGAGGAUGGAUGGGAGAUUCACUUGAACAAGGUAAUCUCAAUUUGCAAUAAACAUGACAUUGUUGUUCCAGAUAUGAAAGCUCACUAUAGCCCUCAUGGAAGAUCAAAACGUUUUGUUCAACAAGUUUCAUAUCUUCAUCAUUUUCGUGUUGAUGUGUUUAUCAAAGUGAUUGACUUAUUACUUCAAGAACUUGAUAACCGAUUCGAUGAAGUUAAUUUGGAGUUGAUCAGAUGUAUGGCUUGCUUCAAUCCUAAAGAUGGCUUCUCUUCAUUUGACAAGGAAAACGUACUCAAACUUGCCACUUUUUAUCCUUCCAAUUUUUCAAACAUUGAUUUGUUAGAGCUUGAGUGCCAACUUGAUAUAUUCAUUGGAGAUAUGAGAAGUGAUGAAGACUUUCAGAAUUUGCCAGAUAUUAGUUCUCUUUUGGUGAAGCUUGUUGAAACAAAAAGAGAUGUGGUUUAUUGGCGUGUGAUUUUGCUUAUCAAGUUGAUUUUGAUUCUUCCGAUUGCCACUGCGAGUGUAGAGAGAGUGUUUUCGGGAAUGACGUUUGUGAAGAAUAAGUUGCAAAAUAGUAUGGGUGAUCAACCUUUGAAUGAUUGUUUGGUCACUUUCAUUGAGAAAUAUGUGUUUCUACAACUGGCGGUGAGGGCCUUGAUGGACUUGGAGAAGAUGGUGGCAGCAGCCGCUGAGACCACCAACACGAGGCAGGGUCUCGUGUUGGCAGGCAUGGCUGCAGUAGCAGCAUCAUCCGUCGCAAAAGCUGCAACGGCUGACACGUAA